CUCACUUUCUCGCAUCCCAAAAGCCCUGCUUGUUCGUUGUCGUCACUUUCUCACUUCUCCUCCGAUGCCACUUCUGACAUUUCGCUUUCUUAUUAGAAACAAAUAGACAGAAAAUGCUUUGGUGAGUUUCGCUUCAUUACGGCUUCGGCGAAGAAUCCCCCGUGGGAGUGAAAGCUUAGCUGCCGGAACAACCUUAGGAUUUCUCGAAACAGGAGCUUGCGAAGAACAGGACACAAAACUUUCGUUCACCGGACACCUGAAACAGAUAGAGUUGAAAAUGGCAUCAACAGGACAACCACCAUCUCUUAAGCGAAGAGAUUCAUCUGUGACAAGAGAAGAGGAUAAACUUGUAGUAACUCCCUUAGGGGCUGGUAAUGAAGUUGGCCGUUCUUGUGUGUACAUGUCCUACAAAGGAAAAACUGUAUUGUUUGAUUGUGGAAUUCAUCCAGCUUACUCAGGCAUGGCUGCUUUGCCAUACUUUGAUGAGAUUGAUCCUUCAACAAUUGAUGUCCUUCUCAUCACGCAUUUUCACUUGGAUCAUGCUGCAUCCUUGCCUUAUUUCCUGGAGAAGACCACAUUCAGAGGCCGUGUUUUUAUGACUUAUGCAACAAAGGCUAUCUACAAGUUGCUUUUAACAGAUUAUGUAAAAGUGAGCAAAGUUUCUGUUGAAGAUAUGUUGUUUGAUGAGCAGGACAUAAAUCGCUCCAUGGAUAAGAUUGAGGUCAUUGAUUUUCAUCAAACAGUUGAGGUGAAUGGCAUUCGGUUUUGGUGCUACACUGCUGGUCAUGUCCUUGGAGCUGCAAUGUUUAUGGUUGACAUAGCUGGUGUUCGAGUCCUCUACACUGGAGACUAUUCACGCGAGGAAGACCGACAUCUCCGUGCUGCUGAGACCCCACAGUUCUCUCCUGAUGUGUGCAUAAUUGAAUCUACUUAUGGAGUCCAGCACCAUCAACCUAGGCAUAUCCGAGAGAAGCGCUUCACUGAUGUUAUACACUCAACCAUUGCUCAAGGGGGUCGUGUCUUAAUUCCUGCUUUUGCCCUUGGUCGUGCCCAAGAACUCCUCCUCAUUCUUGAUGAGUAUUGGUCAAACCAUCCUGAGCUCCAAAACAUUCCCAUAUACUAUGCUUCUCCCCUUGCAAAAAGAUGUUUGUCUGUUUAUGAGACAUACACCCUUUCCAUGAAUGAUAGGAUCCGAAAUGCAAAGUCAAAUCCAUUUAUCUUCAAGUACAUAUCUCCAUUGAAGAGCAUUGAGAAUUUCAAAGAUGUUGGUCCAUCAGUAGUAAUGGCAAGUCCGAGUGGGCUUCAAAGUGGGCUGUCAAGGCAACUCUUUGAUAUGUGGUGCUCUGAUAAGAAAAAUGCCUGUGUUAUUCCCGGUUAUGUGGUUGAAGGGACACUGGCAAAAACCAUAAUUAAUGAACCUAAAGAAGUUACCCUCAUGAAUGGACUCACUGCUGCUCUUAACAUGCAGGUCCACUACAUCUCAUUCUCUGCCCAUGCAGACUCUGCACAGACAAGUGCCUUCUUGGAAGAGCUGGGCCCUCCUAACAUAAUUCUUGUUCAUGGAGAAGCUAAUGAGAUGGGGAGGCUCAAACAGAAGCUCGUGACUCAAUUUGCUGAUCGUAGUACCAAAAUCCUCACUCCGAGGAAUUGUCAGUCUGUUGAAAUGUAUUUCAAUUCCCAAAAAAUGGCUAAAGCAAUUGGAAAGCUGGCUGAGAAGACCCCAGAAGUUGGUGAAGUUGUCAGUGGUUUGCUGGUAAAGAAAGGCUUCAGUUAUCAAAUAAUGGCUCCUGAUGACCUCCAUGUCUUCUCACAGCUAUCAACAGCAAAUAUUACUCAAAGGAUUACUAUCCCAUACCAUACUGCUUUCAGUGUGAUAAAGCAACGACUUAAGCAGAUAUAUGAGAGUGUAGAGUCUUCAGCAGAUGAGGAGUCUGGUGUUCCAACUGUGAGAGUGCAUGAUCAGGUCACAGUGAAGCAUGAGUCAGAUAGUCACAUUUCUCUGCAUUGGACGUCAGAUCCUAUAAGUGACAUGGUCUCAGACUCCAUUGUUGCUCUGGUUUUAAACAUCAACAGGGAAGUCCCGAAGGUAGUUGUUGAAUCAGAAGAUAUAAAGACUGAGGAAGAGAAUGAGAAAAAGACGGAGAAGGUAAUUCAUGCACUUCUUGUUUCACUCUUUGGAGAUGUGAAGUUCGGAGAAAAUGGGAAACUGGUGAUUAGUGUUGAUGGGAAUGUCGCACAGCUUGAUAAACAGAGUGGUGAUGUUGAAAGUGAAAAUGAAGGUCUCAAGGAAAGAGUGAGGACAGCAUUCCGCCGAAUCCAAAGUGCUAUGAAGCCGAUCCCUCUUUCCGCAUCUUAGCUCCAUUGCAUACUGAUUCCAUCUAAUUUUUUCUGUUUUUUGGAGUUAGUGUUGAAUCUUUAUAUGCCAUGCAGAGUAACAGCAAACUGCAGUUUCCCUAGUUUGUAUUUAGGAACUGAUUAAGUCAUGUAAUGGGUACUUUUUUGAUACUUGAUUUGUUAAUCUUUUGAGGUUUAUUUCAUAUUUAGCAUUUAUAUUUUA